AUGUUGAUCUGGUUUCCACAAGUCUUUGCAACUAGAAUCCUGAUAAAUGAAUUGGCAUCCAAGUUCGAAGAGGAGUGGCUCAGAGAGUUGUGGAUCCAAGCUUCAGCUUCAAACCUAAAUCGAAAUCAUGGGUCGUAUAUCAUCUGGGAAUUGGCAUCUUCAAUCUACAAAGUCCUUCCUGCAACAUCAUUGAGCUUCAACUUUCCCAGUUUCAAUAAUUCACUAAUUAAUAUUUACAUCAAGCCCCAGCUAGAUGCAACAGUCUCUGAUACAAUCAUUGACCUCACACGAAACAAAGGGGACAAAUCCAGUAUUGGUACUCAGGGAGGAGUUUUGUAUAAUGAUCCAGUUCAUCUCUGGGACAAGAAGACGGGAAACCUAACCAACUUCACCACCCAUUUCUCCUUCACUCUAAAGAAUACCAUAUACACCAACACCAUUGGAGAUGGACUUACUUUCUUCCUUGCUCACUAUGGUUUUGAAAUCGACGGUUAUUUUGGAGGUGGUGGAUUUGGUGGUGGUGGCCUUGGUCUUUUCUGCAACCAACCUGUAGACAAUACCCCAACGAAUAGGUCCAUCGUUGCAGUGGAAUUCGAUACAUGUCAGAAUUAUUGGGACCCAGAUUCCAAUCAGAUAGGUAUCGACAUCUAUUCCAUCGUAUCUGUAAACCAUAGCUCAUGCAAUAGUAGUCUUUGGAAUUUUAUGAGAAAUAAUGGUAUCCCUUGGGAGGUUACGGUUACUUAUGAUUCAAGUUCCCAUAACUUGAGUGUUAUAUUGACUUGUUCUAAUCAAUCUGUUUCUGGUGAGAUCUGUAGCCUUAACCAUAUUGUUGAUCUGAGGGAAUAUCUUCCAGAAGAGGUCACUAUUGGGUUUUCUGCAGCCAAUGGAUAUGCCUCCGAGCUACAUCAGCUCAACUCCUGGGACUUCAGCUCGAGUUUGGAAAUUGAUAAUUCGAAUGAAGGAGGUGUGGCCCCUGCGCCUGCACCCGCGCCCGCACCCGCGCCCACACCAGCAUGGGGGACCAAUGAAGGUGUACGCACAAGCACCCAACAAGGGGGCAUAUCCAUGAAAAAAAAGAUAGGAAUCGCAGUGGGCGGAGCUGCCAUGAUCAUGAUUACAGUCUUGGGUUUGUUUUGGUUUUUCAAGUGGAGAAAGAAUCGAGAAAAUAAAGCAGAUGAUGAUGUGGUCUUAGAUGUGCCCACGGGACCUAGGGAGUUCUCGUAUGCUGAAUUAUCUAGAGCAACUAGGAACUUUGAUGAGAAACAAAAGCUGGGAGAGGGAGGAUUUGGAGGCGUUUAUAGAGGCUUCAUGAGUGAUCUCAACAUGGAUGUUGCUGUGAAAAGGAUCUCUAAAGGGUCUAGACAAGGGAUAAAGGAGUAUUCAUCGGAGGUGAAGAUCAUUAGUAGAUUGCGGCAUAGGAACCUCGUGCACCUUGUUGGUUGGUGCCACCAACGGAAAGAGCUACUUCUUGUGUAUGAGUUCAUGCCCAAUGGAAGCCUUGAUUCCCAUCUAUUUCGAAAAAGGAGUUCCUUGACAUGGGAGUUGAGAUACAAGAUAGCUCUUGACUUAGCCUCUGCAUUACAGUAUUUGCAUGAAGGGUGGGAUCAAUGUAUCAUCCACAGGGAUAUUAAAUCCAGCAAUGUAAUUCUAGAUUCCAACUUCAAUGCUAAACUAGGGGAUUUUGGUCUGGCUAGGCUUGUGGAUAAUGAGAGGGGGUCACAAGCAACUAAUGUAGCUAGUGCCAUGGGAGGAAGGCUUGUGGAAGGGGAGAAAGGGGAGAAAGGGGCACAAACAACCAAUGUAGCUGGAACCAUGGGAUACAUGGCACCUGAAUAUGUUCUUACUGGGAAGGCUAGCAAAGAAUCUGAUGUGUAUAGCUUUGGCAUUGUUCUCUUAGAAAUUGCUUGUGGGAGAAAACCUGUUGAGAGAAAGGCUAACCCAAGUGAAGUAGGUUUGGUAGGAUGGGUUUGGGAGCUCUAUGGAAGUCAAAAGCAUCUCGAAGCGGCUGACCCACGUCUAUCUAUGGAUUCUGACAAACAAGAAUUAGAGUGCAUGAUUGUUGUAGGGCUGUGGUGUGCUCAACAAGAUUACGAUCUUCGACCUUCUAUUGGGCAAGCUAUUAAUGUUCUCAAAUUUGACUCUCCAUUGCCUAUUCUUCCAUAUCGGAGGGUGCCUAUUUCUUCUCUCCAUUCAACAUGAAUAAAUUCUCGAUUACAUCAUCGCAUGUUUCUACAGAAUGUGAUACAAGUAAUACCCAACGUUCGUCCAGCAGCUGCCCCACUGAUAUCUGUGUUUUAAACAAGUCAUCUCCUUCAUCUUCUCCCU